AAUAUUUCAUGUUAAUAAUUGCCACAUUAUUUGGAUUGAUCAAAAUGAGCUUUAUAAUGUGCAAUUCAAAUGCACUAUGGAACUUUAUAAGCUUCACGUCAAUAGAUUAUUUGACUUAUAGAGGCCAACAAAAAUAUAUACUUAUAAGUGCUCGAAAAUUAUCGAUAUCAAUCUCAAAUAUUUUCACAUUGUCUUGGAUAGCAAUAAUAUCAGUAUGGAUUUUAUUUCCAAUUAUAGCUAAAGACAAUUUUAUGAAUGUUAAAGCCAAAGAUGAAACAUACAGCCAAUAUCGAUACAACAUGCUCAAUUUAAUGUUUCCAGUAUCAGCUCAAUUUUAUAACAACAAUUUCAUGGUGUUUUAUUUUCUUGAGACUAUAGGAGUAAUAUUUUAUGGUUAUUCCAUGGUGGUUUUUGAUAAUUUGGUCAUUUCUGUGUGUAUAACAAUCGCAUACCAGUUAAAAUCGAUUGCAUUAUCAUACAGAACACUAGGCUAUAAUAAUAUUGACACCGAUUUUGAAAGUGCUGACGUGAAAAACAAUCCAUUAAAUGAAAGAUUCAAUGACUUCAACAACUUAAUAUUUAUAAUUCAAGAUCAUCAAAAAUUUAUGAAGUAUGUUAUGAAAAAAUCAUUAUUUUUUGGACAAUGA